AUAAACUUCGCAAAAACAUAACUGACAAUACUGAAAAAUGUAAGUUAGAGUUAGACAAAAUCACUGAGGAUUAUAUCGCACUUUGUGACAAGAUGGAGGUGGCGGCCAUGGACCUAAUACAGACCCACAUCACAGACCUGGAGAGUAGACUGAAAACUUUGAGGGAACUCUCAUCAGAGUAUAAACAGACUCUCCACACAGGAACCAGUGUACUCGUGUACGACUCGGUAUCGGAAAUCCGGGAAAUGGAUCCAGACAUCCCACCGACACCUAACAUAGACAUGGCCGAGUUUACUCCGGGUAUGGACAGACUAAGUCACCUAAAACAGGCCAUUGGGAACCUAAAACUUACUACUGACCAUCUCCAGGUAGGAUCGGCAACUAGUGGUCACUCCGACCAACGUCCAGUAGUCCGACCAAACCAGUCUACAGAGGUUGGUCAAGCUUCCACUGGAGAAGUCCGGUACAAACUUCGUGACCGUCCAACCGUCAUGUCCCAGUUCCCAUACCCGGGUAAAUACAUCACAUCGAUCUGUCCUACAUCUGAUGGACGUGCUUGGCUGUGUAACUGUAACUCCAAAGCAGUCAAUCUCAUCAACAACCAAGGUCAGGUCAUACAGGCGAUACGACACAGCGGUAACAUCUGGGACAUCAGUCUGGACCCCACCACAGGUCGUCUGUGGUUCUGUUGCUAUGGUAACACUAUCUGUGAAGAAUCUACACCAUCUACACCAGUCUCAAGAUUCACUACAGAGGAUGUCCCAUUCAGUCUGUGUGUGACCAGGGAGGGUCGGGUAGUGGUGGGUACAUGGGAUUAUAGAAAGGUGUACAAGGUGUGGGUGUAUACAGUGGACGGUCAGGUGUUACAUACAGCCAUUGUGGAAGGGGUAGUACUGUCAAUAACACAAUGUGGUGUUACAGGUAAUAUAGCUGUAGUAGUGGAUUGUAAACGUAUCAUUGUGUACAACUCAACACUACAGCUCCUGGUCCACUACCAGGGGGAGGGGAGUCAGGCCCAGGGGGAGGGGAUACAGGUACAGGUGUCGGUCACACCAGACAAGUUUGGUCCUGGUACAGUUGUAUAUGACAGUAAGGGUAAUAUUGUUAUUGCUGAUCAGAUAAGGAAAACAAUAGAACUGAUAAGUGGAGCAGGGAAGUACAUAAAAACACUUCACACAAACAAAGGAUACCAGGGAGUAGUAGGUAUACAGAAGGGUGAUGUGUUGUGGUCAAACUUAGUGUUAGAUACAGGAGGGUACGGACUCAAACUCCUCAAGUAUUAUCGUGACUGAGUGACUCCACCUUGAGUGAGGAUACAGACAAUUUAUAUCAGUGGACUAAAACAACAUUAAUUUUAAAUUGUUAUGUCAUACAUUUCUCAACAUGUAUGUACACAUUACAAAAGGCAUGUGAUUUAUGUUAUUUACUGUCCGUAUAAUUUAGUAAACAUGUCCCUGUGAUGCAUUUCAACUACUGUUUCUCAACAUGUAGAAUGUGUUUACCGUUAAAUGUACUGUAAAUAUAUUUUUAUCAAUAUGUACAGACCGCGGGAUUGUAACACGUCACUGUGAUACGUACAUUUCAACUACUGUUAUGACAUCUGAAAUCAACAUCCCUGCAUCUGUUUCUAUGUGUAUAACCUGACUCCUCCUACCUCCUCAAGUGGUUCUUCCCAUUCGAAUUUAAUUGACCCAGAGAGAUAGUUUUUUUGUUGUUUUUUUUAAAGUUAAUAUACACAGGUCACGUGACGUCAUCAGUAGUAUCACCAGUUCCACUCUAUGUAACGUGUAGUGCCUUUACGGUUUAUAUGUAAUAAAUAUUUCUUGAACUGAUA